AUGUUGAUGAGUCAAAAGCUAGAAGUAGUAAAAAUCGGAAAGCAAUUAGAAUCAUACAAGGAUACUUUUAUGGAUUUAAUUUCAAAAGGAAAAUUUGAAAACGAUGUAUCGAACACAUUAACCAUGAAGGAAGGAAAUAGUUCAUACACUUUUAAAUAUCCUGUUGCGCCACCCUGUGAAGACUACUAUGUAAUUCAGCACUAUAAAAUUAACACAAUUCAAAAUAUUCCGUCAGAUGAAAGAUGGAAACAUGCGGAAGCUAGUAUUAAAAUUCAUACAUCUAGUAGAGAUACAAAAGAUUCAAACAUUUCAAACAAAAUCAAUGAUGUUGUUCGAGAAAUAUUGGACCGUCCGUAUAUCCGGUCCAACCCCGAUUUGAUCCAAGGUCCAAAAUGUGCAUUCAAAUCUUUAUAA